GGCAUUUUUUUCAGAACAGAGCUCCUCUUCAUGCCUUCCAGGUGCUGGAUGGAAGCAAGGCAAAAUACACUUGCAGAGCUGAACCUCUUCCACUGCAGUUCUAAAGGAGAGGGAAAGGAAUGCUGCAUGCUUUCCUCUCUGUUAAGGUUCUCCUGCUUCCCCAGUAGUAAUCAUGGUGAAGUAACAAAUUGGGAUGGGAGGAAUCUAUUUGAAAUAACUUUGUGCUAUCCUGCCAAGUGAGAUCCACCUGUCGCUGGAGGGUUUGACUCAGGACCUCAAAACCCCCAUGCCUAAUUUGCAGGGGAAGUGGCUACCUGAGAGUACAAAAAGUUAGACUCUGGAGGUUGCAUACACAGAAGAGGACCAGUCUUCUAAGUGUGACAGCAAGGAAUCACAGAGAGGAGUGUAGAGCUGCAGAACAACCUGGCUCAAGCAAGACCCAGUUUUGAAGCAGAUGGUAGUACCUGGACUCUCUGCUUAAACAGUUUUCUUCCAUUGAUUUCAAACGCACAAACAAGGUUUCCUCUAAUAUUUGGGGGAAGAGAUGGCAGCCUACGGAAAGAUGGCAGCCUGUGAUGAAGACAAGCAGAGAAACUUUUGGAUAGCUUAAGAACAUAAACACACAAGAGCAUGUUCAUUUUCUCCUGAAGUGAAGUAAUUGAUUGUGUGUUAAAGGCACCUUUAUGUUCUGCCACACAGAGAUGGUCAGCAGUCAGGCUCUCCCCAUAGCAGACAGUGGGAAAAGGAAAAAGAAAAAAAGAACAAGAGCCACAGAUCACGUCCCUGGGAAGUUUGAAGACUUGUACAAGCUGACUGCUGAGCUUCUUGGUGAGGGAGCAUAUGCCAAAGUUCAGGGUGCUGUCAGCCUCCAAACUGGGAAAGAAUACGCAGUAAAAAUCAUUGAAAAAAAUGCUGGGCAUAGUCGGAGUCGGGUUUUUCGAGAAAUAGAAACAUUGUACCAGUGUCAGGGUAACAAGAACAUUUUGGAGUUAAUAGAAUUUUUUGAAGAUGACACAAGAUACUACCUUGUCUUUGAGAAGCUGCGAGGAGGUUCAAUCCUGGCCCAUAUACAAAAGCGAAAGCACUUCAAUGAACGAGAAGCUAGCAAAGUGGUGAGGGAUAUUGCCUCUGCUCUGGACUUUCUCCAUACAAAAGGUAUUGCUCACAGAGACCUGAAGCCUGAAAACAUCCUGUGUGAAUCUCCAGAAAAGGUAUCACCAGUAAAAAUAUGUGACUUUGAUCUUGGUAGUGGGGUGAAGCUGAACAGUGCGUGCACUCCUAUAACUACUCCUGAAUUAACAACACCGUGUGGGUCUGCAGAAUACAUGGCACCUGAAGUGGUUGAAGUCUUCACAGAAGAGGCCACAUUCUAUGAUAAGCGGUGUGAUCUUUGGAGUCUGGGAGUGAUUCUGUACAUCAUGCUCAGUGGUUACCCUCCUUUUGUGGGCAACUGUGGCACAGACUGUGGCUGGGACAGAGGAGAAGUCUGCAGAGUUUGCCAGAACAAGCUUUUUGAGAGCAUUCAGGAAGGCAAGUAUGAAUUCCCUGACAAGGAUUGGUCGCAUAUAUCCUCUGAGGCCAAAGAUCUCAUCUCAAAGUUGCUGGUUCGUGACACCAAAGAACGACUUAGUGCUGCUCAAGUUUUGCAACAUUCAUGGGUUCAAGGACAGGCUCCUGAAAGGGGAUUACCUACCCCUCAAGUUCUUCAAAGGAACAGUAGCACAAAAGACCUGACGCUAUUUGCUGCCGAGGCUAUAGCCCUUAACCGCCAGUUGUCUCAGCACGAGAAUGAACUCAGCACAGAGCAGGAGAACGUUGCCCAUGCUGUGUGCUCCAUGAAGCUUUCUCCUCCGUCCAAGUCCCGCCUUGCCAAGCGCAGAGCAAUGACGCAUGCCACCAAAACCAGUGACUUUCAGCCAGUUCCCCAUAAAGCUUUUUAAACUUCUUUCCUGCUAUGGAUUGGCAAGAUCAGCCUGUGUUCUUAUUUGGAUUUUCAGCGCUGAUAAAAGCUUCUCUGCUUCUGACAGUUUGAUUAGAAGCUUGCUCUUGUGAUGUGACUUGUAACUUUAAGGGGACAGCUUUUUAUGAAAAUGUUUUUUGCUUGUCAGAUUUGGUGCAUUAAGAUAAUUUAACUGAUCUUUUUAAACCAGAGAAGAUGGGUUUGCUGCUGUAUUAUCUGAGGUGAUAAAUCACUAAGCUUUCCUUAUUUUCUUCAUAGAAGAGCAUGCUUUAAAAUGUGAAUUGGAAAACAUCAGGAAAAAAAGCUUGCUUGCUUGCUUUCUUUGCCCAGCAGAGCAUCAUGUGUCUCCCUGCUUAUGGCUGCUCUUGAUGGCACAUCUUGCAAGGUGCUGCUGCUUAGUGUCAGCAGCAGGGACUGUUUUUAACCAACAGUGCCCUUCUCUCCUCUGUAAACUCAGGAAAUGAAGAUGAUGACUGGGUGGGUUUCUGUCUCCCAUUACCUUCACUGGGCUUAAAUUGUAUGAGAAUGAUACUGUAAAGGUGCAAGGAUCGCUCAGGCUUGUAGAGAUGAAGAGGACCAGGUUGCUUUUUUAUCCUGUUGGUAGUUUGUGUCAGCAUGUGGAAUGAAAGCUGGGGUUGUGUUAUUUCUUUAUCCGACAUCUUUUUGUUCAUAUCUAAAAUAUAGUCCAUAUGAUAUCUUUUUUUUUUUUUUUCCGUAUCCUGUAUGUCCCCUUCUCUGGCAGUUGCAUUCUUAAGUCUGAUAACCACAGUAUGUAACAGACCGUUUAUAUAAACAGUUUAUAUUUAGUAUCUUUUUUUUUCUAAAUUCAUGCUAUCCCUAGUUAUACCUUCCAUGCUGUAAACUCAUAUUUCUCCAAGUCCUUUUUUCUGUGUUAUCUGGAUGACUUAAUGUGAAUGGACAAGCUUUGGUGAAUUUUGGUGUGUGAAUAAUUUAGUAUUAUCAAAUGCAGAGGUACAUCUGUACAAACAUGGUGCUGCAGCUGUUGCAGUCUGCCUCCUGCAGUGAUCUCAGGCUGGGUGUCUAGAUUUUUUUCUUCCAGUUUUAAUACUGUGGUGCACUGGGGUUAAGGAGUAACUUGGAAGGGUACUGGCUGAAAAGCUGAAGAUUUUGAGUGACCAAGGUGAAGUGUCCAUGGAGGAGGACACAGGUGUUGAGCACUUUCUGAAACAUAAGCUGUGAAAAUAGGGCCACUAAGAUGCCCAACAUGAUGCACCUUUAAACUUACCAGCCAUUUCUGAAACCCUUUGCCAGGGCAUUGUGUGCAGGGUGGAGAGGUGGAGGAGGUGGCCCCCAGGUGCCAGCACAAAACCCUC